UGCUACAACUAUGUUCAAAUUGAGACCUGUAUUAGCACGCGUAGAGCAAAAUGAAGUCAACCAUCAUUUUUCUUUUGCCUUUUUUUGCAAUUUCACUGCGAGAUGCCAAUGAAGUGAGGUAUAAAUCCAUCAACUUUGCAGUAAGGUCACUGCAAACAAUAUCACUCUCAAUGCAAGAUUACAAACAUGGUGAGAAUUUCACCUACUUUAUCGAACCUUGGAGUCCGUAUCUACCAUCCAGACACUAUCUGGAAAUCAAAUGGACAUCAUUCAACGUUGAAGGGAACUUGCCAACCUGCAAAGACUAUGUAGAAGUUUAUCUCACCAGCUCAUACAAAAGCAUUGGGAAGUAUUGCUCUGAUAACAUGGUCGACACAAAGCCGUUCAACAUGUAUUCCUAUGAUGGAUACGCAAAGAUCGUCUUUAAAUCAAACAGUUCCAAUACACGGUCCGGGUUUUCAUUGACAUACCAGUUAAAAAGCACCUCAUCGUCGCAUAUGGGUUUUUACAGCAGUGCAUGCCACGGUGCAUCUCCAGCAGCAAUCUUCUACUCUUCUGGUUGGCCCUCAGUUUACUUAGCAAGCAGCACCCCAUGUUGGAGAACGCAUUACGCCGGUAAUAAUCUGGUACGGGUUGCUGUGAUGGACGUCUCAUUGUACAGAACAUCGUCCUCUAAAUGUUACACAAAUGAUUCCUACUUUGAAAUAAAAGCUUCUUCGUCAAACUACUCUUCAAAUUCAUCUAUUUACUCUUAUGGCACUUCUGUUAGUGGGAGGAUCUGCGGAACAAAGUCACCAACAUUUUACACCGCCAGGAAAAGCUAUGUUUACUUGUACUACAACCGACCACGUUCGGAUUCUGGCUAUCGAGGAAUCAUGAUCGGCUAUAUGGCGUACCGUGAAAAAUCGUCCUCUCCUCCAUCCUGCAUUGCAUCUUUUUCAGUUGCUAUUUCUGCGACCGUAGGCAGUGCUGUUGCUAUAUUGGUAUGGCUGCAGUAGUCUUUGCCACAGACCCAGUCGAUCGUUCUAGAACUCUUUUACCAAUUGCACAUACAAGUUGAGUUGUCGUUGUCGCUGCGACAAAGUGAAUCUUUGAUAUUAAAGAACGUUUCUCAACAUACAAUAUACAUUUAACGUUAACUUCAAAGAUACACGCUUCAUUCUUGGUUUUAUCAAUUAGUGUUACACAAUUCAGGGCACCUUGGUUCAAUUAAAAAGGGCCCCGGUGGCAUGGUGGCUCAAAAUUGGCUUAGGGAGCACCAAAAUUGGCGCUCUCUAGAGAGUUAUGCUUACGGUAAGGAGCGUAGAAUCGGGGUUUAUCUUUUUUGAUCUCGGUGUAUGAAAAACUUUCUCUUUGGCUCAAGGGGGAGGGGG